AUGUCUUCCACAGCAAGCUCAGCGCCCGGAGCUUCUAAUUCUGAUAACAAUUCAAAUGACGAUAACUCAAGCCCCACAAGCUCUCCCCUUCUAUUCUUUGUCGCUCUUGGGUUUGGGGUUGUCUUCACAAAUCUAUGGAUUAUUGUUGGUGUGAAAUAUUGCUUUAGAUAUAACCAGCGCAAUCGUCAGUUACGCAGUGAAGAGACCGGCGAGCCAAUAGACUUGGUCGCAAUGCCGCGAACACACCGAAGAAGAAGAGAAAAGAAAUUGAUGACCAUGGACGAAGUAAACGAGCGAUUUCCACUUGUCAAAUACAAAGUGUGGAGGUCUUCCCGGGCAAAUGCAGGACUAUCGACUACUGGUGGUAUAUCGGCACCUGAUACGGGUCACACUCGAGAAUUCCGGGAAGAUCGGCAAUCCGUCGCAGCGAAAACUGUGUCGCCUGUGGCUGAGUCCGAGGUCAAAUCUCAUCAGAGGGUUGAUUCGACGCUGCUGCAGUCGCCGAAGCCUGUUGAUGAUGGUGUAUCGCUACCACAGACCGAAGAGAAAAGUCUAAAAGAGUUCACCCAGCCGAGCCACGCAUACUCCAGUGUUAGUUCGGACCGGAAUGGUUUAGAGCAAAGGGACCCAGACGAUCAUAGUAACCUACAAGAGGACGAUGAAAUAAUUAUUCCAACCGCUGUUGCUACAGACCUUGCCACAUGCCCUGGAGACUCGUGCGCCAUCUGCCUUGACAUCAUCGAGGAUGACGAUGAUAUUCGUGGCCUUACUUGUGGACAUGCAUUUCACGCCUCGUGCGUUGAUCCAUGGCUGACAAGCCGCAGGGCUUCGUGUCCGCUGUGUAAGGCAGAUUACUAUACGCCUAAACCCCGUCCCGACGCCGCUGAGCCGUCUGCCACGCCUGACCGUUCUGGUCGACGCAACACAACCAGAAUUGCUGCUCCAAACCAACCGCAAGCUGUUUUUAUCAGAGGGCGAGUUAAUCCAUUCCGGUCUCACACGGCAUCAUCCCGACCGCCUCCACAGAGACCUUCUGAUGUCGUAUCUAAUUCUUCGAGGCCAACCGGCCGCCGCUUUUGGGGAGCGUGGCCCCACUUCACACAAAGAACCCCGGAAACCGCUGAGGAGGACCGGCCACGAAAUAGGGGUUGGGGACCAGGGUUGCCGUCUCGAUUGUUUAACAUCCGCUUUCUUUUCAGAGCCAGAAAUCAAGAUUCUGCAGCAACCCCCAACACUUCUCCAAAUACCCCACAAACCCCUAGCCAGCUGGAAGCCGGGCAAACCCACUGA